AUGGCUUUGUGCUAUCAAAAACAUCCCUUUGAGAUCGAAUCGGAGGACCGCCUGACCAGCAUCAACACAAAAAUAUUUGAAAUCAAAAAGAAAAUACAGUUGUCAGAGGGCCAAAGGAAGUCCCAGUACGAGGAAAAUGAGGCUGAACGCAAGCGGAAUGUGGACCUGAUAGCCACCUUGAAGAAGGAGAUCAAACUGCGGCUGGAGGAGCUGGCACAGGCCAGAGCCGUAGUGGAUGAAGCUCAGGUCAAGAAGUACAUCAGCGAAGUCUGUCCCAUUGGAGAUAAGACUGCUGACCAGGUAAUCCACAAUCUAGACCUGAAAGUGAUAGAACAGCGGAAGUCGCUGGACCUACUGAAGUACGAGAAGGGCAGCAAGAGGAAGCGGCUCAAGGAGUUGGAGACGGAGUACGAGAGGCUGCUCAUAGAGAGCACCAGGAGCGACCUCGUCAAGUCCAAGAUAACCACCAGGGCUAGAAAGAACGUAUCGCACUUGGAAAACGAGAUCCACAAAGUGCUCAUCCAGUGGACGGAGGCGGAGCUGGUCAAGAAAAAGUAUUCCUCCAUCAGGCAAGCGCUCAUAGAAGAUUCAGUGAAGUUCGAAAGCUCGCUGGCGAGAGUCGAAGAGCUCAUCGACAAACAAAAAGAGGAAAUAAAGAAACUUGAGCGCGUUCGCGAGGAAGCAGCAGACAUGCGUGUCCGCGCGAGCGCCGCCGCCGCACUGGAGUCAGCUCGGGCUCACGACGCCGAGCAUUCGCGGGCGACGGAGCGGGCUUACUUCACGCAGCGGUUUGACCAGCGACGACAGGAGCUCGAGAGGCUGGAGAAGAGGAUCUUCCCCCCGCCAGCGCGAGCGGUUCGUCAGGAGUCGACGCGGUCUACAGAGGGCGAGGCAACGACGGAGGAGGGGACCGCCAUAGCGCAGAUGGAGGACGUCUUCCAGAGGCUGAUGAAACUUACUGGAGUAACGGACCCCGAAGAGGUAUUCGACCGUUUCCGUGGUCAGCGCGAGACGAGCCGCCGGCUGGGGUACCUGCAGCAGACCAUCGAGCACGACAAGCUGCAGCUGGAGCAGACGCAGACCACGCUCAUGGCGGAGCUCGAGGGGUACAAGUUCGCCAGCGUCAAGGACGAGGACGAAGGCCAAGACAAAAUACAAGAGAUGAAAGACGAGAUAGUGCAGCGUGAGCAGCAGCAGGUCGAGCUGGAGAACUGUCUCCAGCAGCUCGACAGCUUCCUGAUGGAGAUAGCCAAGCUGCUGUACGACUUGUGCAAGAUUUUGGAUGUGAUCCCGGAGCCGUCUAUCCCAGAAUGGAAUGCUCGAGGCAGCUCGGAGAAGCUGCUGCAAGUGCUGUCAGCGAGGUAUGGUCGAGCGACGGCGCGCGCUGAUGCCAUCACCGAGAAACAAGCUGACGUGAAGCCUGAUACCGCUGUGGUGUUGCCAUCUAACACAACAAGCGGUGCACCGUCCGUGGCGGGUGCGAGCGCGCACAGCAGCCACAAGGAGUCGGACAAGAUCGUGCCCACCUACAGGGACCUCGUCGACAGGGAACCCGUGAGGGCGCCGCCGUCUGAUGAGGAAGAGGAUAUUCCCUCCCGAUGCUACCUCAAGCGGCAGGCGCAGCUCAUCCUGGACACCAAGUGCCGACGGAAAGGGUUCCGUACACCCUACCAGAGGAAAUAG